UCUGCUUCUUGUGCUGUGUUCUCAGAAAAGUGAAUUACUUUUUUGUAGGAAUUGCUUGCCUUUUUAUUGGAUGGACUGCAUGAAGAUUUGAAUCGUGUGAAACAAAAGCCUUACAUUGAAAUGAAGGACUCAGAUAAUAGGCCAGAUGAGGAAGUUGCGUACGAGUGUUGGAAAAAUCAUAUGGCUCGGAAUGAUUCAUUGAUUGUUGAUGAAUGCCAGGGUCAAUACAAAUCAACAUUGGUUUGUCCUGAAUGUGGCAAAAUUUCAAUUACUUUUGAUCCAUUUAUGUAUUUAUCAUUACCACUUCCUUCAACUGUCACCCGGGCAAUGACAGUUACUGUCUUUUAUUGUGAUGGGAGUGGUCUUCCCAUGCCGUACACAGUGAAUGUUCUGAAGCAUGGUUGCUGCAGAGAUCUUUGCCAAGCAUUGGGCACUGCAUGCUGUUUGAAGAGUGAUGAAAUGCUUUUGCUUGCAGAGGUUUAUGAGAAUAAGAUUUAUCGAUAUCUAGAGAAUCCGUUAGAGUCAUUGACUUCUAUCAAGGAUGAAGAACAUAUUGUGGCCUAUCGACUCAAGAAUGGAGCCAGGAAAACAAAACUAGAAAUAUUGCAUCGAUGUCCGGAUAAGUAAGUAUACCUCUUUUGGCGUGUUAAGAUAUACUCUUUAAUGUGAAAGGCACAACGCCCUGUUGAGUCAUGGUUCCUAUAUAUGAUAGUUUUCAUUGCCCUUGACAUUACAGUAAAUUUGGGUUAAAUAAUUCUUGAUAAAUUUAUUCUGAAGGCUCCUUUGUAUUCGUCUUGGUUACUUGAAUUCUGCUCUAGUUGUAAUAAACUUGGUUAAAUUGAUUUUUCCUCCUUGAAAGCAACUGAGUGGUGACUGUUAAAGUUUGGUUUUA